AUGGGAUCAGAGGCAAGAUAUCGGUUAGAGAAGACAACGGGAGAAGAGGCAGGAUAUCGGAAAGGCAAGACAAUGGGAGAAGGGGCAGGAUAUCGGAUAGGGAAGACAAUGGGAGAAGGGGCAGGAUAUCGGAUAGAGACGACGUUGGGAGAAGGGGUAGGAUAUCGGAUAGGGAAGACAACGGGAGAAGGGGGUGGAUAUCGGAUAGGGAAGACAAUGGGAGAAGGGGCAGGAUAUCGGAUAGGGAAGACAACGGGAGAAGAGGCAGGAUAUCGGAUAGGGAAGACAAUGGGAGAAGGGGCAGGAUAUCGGAUAGGGAAGACAAUGGGAGAAGAGGCAGGAUAUAUGAUAGGGAAUUCAACGGGAGAAGAGGCAGGAUAUCGGAAAGAGAAGACAAUGGGAGAAGGGGCAGGAUAUCGGAUAGGGAGGACAAUGGGAGAAGGGGCAGGAUAUCGGAUAGGGAAGACAAUGGGAGAAGGGGCAGGAUAUCGGAUAGGGAAGACAAUGGGAAAAGAGGAAGGAUAUCGGAUAGGGAGGACAAUGGGAGAAGGGGAAGGAUAUCGGAUAGGGAAGACAAUGGGAGAAGGGGCAGGAUAUCGGAUAGGGAGGACAAUGGGAGAAGGGGCAGGAUAUCGGAUAGGGAAGACAAUGGGAAAAGAGGAAGGAUAUCGGAUAGGGAAGACAAUGAGAGCAAUGGGGAGGGGGAUAUGGAAUAGGAAAGAAAAAGAAAGCAGUGUCCGUUUUCUUUGA